GCUGAGUGCAUGUACUGUGGGACUCGCAGCCAUGGCCGAUGUCAAGCAACAGCAACGGCCAGGCCAUCGCCGCGGUGCCUCGUCCAAGACCAACAUCCUCCGCGCCCUGGUGUCGUCUAAGAGUCGUCCUGCCAGUCCCGAAUCGACCAUUGCCAGCGCCAACCUGGAUGACAAGACGCAGAAUCUGUCAUUGCGGGCCUCGGUGGACCAUCGAGGAGUGCUUGGGGAACGCCAAAACAAUGCAGGUCUGCUAUCGCCGCCUGCCUCACCGUCCAAGAAAAAGAGCGAGCCCAAGAAGUCCAAGUCGUCUUCGAACUUGGCCAGUGUCUUUGCCAGGAUGAAUCGUUCCAGCAGAGAUCUGUCCAAGAUGGCCAGCGAGGAGAAGACAAAAGAAAACAAGGAAAACGCGUCGCCGGUCUUGCAGCAGCAGACCAUGGCACCGCCCACGCCGAUCUGGGCUCAGAUGGCUUCCAGGAACAGCUCUGCUGAGUCGAGACCGCAUCCCAGCAGUCGAGGGAAGCAUUCCUCGCAUCACUUGCUUGCAGAAAUCGAUCGAUACACCCCGAAAGAGUACGACGUGAGCAAGCAAAGAAACUUCGAUGACCCUAGUCUGCGACCUUCACUUUCCAAGCCUCGGCCGCAGAGCUACCAAUCCUCAACGAACGACAGUAUGUUUAGCGCCUUUGGCAGGCGAGUGAGCGGUGACAAGUCCAGCAUGGAAGGGCGACAGUCUGGAGACGCAAACAGGAGACUGCACAAGGCACAGAACAGUGUGGCCAUGGGCGAGCGUGAACGGAUCCUGGCAGGUAAUGCCAUAGAUCGAAAGACAAGUGGAGGCAGUGCAGAGCUACCGGCUGGUAAAGAGAAGCUCAACAUGACGAAGAGGGGAGGCAGAGUGAUGGCGGCCGUCGCAAUGUUGCAAGGUAAGACGCACGAAAGGUCUAUCAGCAAAGAAAAGGAUAAGGAAGAAGCGCCGCUCGAUCCCAAGGCGGUGGACGCGCAAUUUGAAGCAGUGCUCGCUGCUCGCAACAUAGCCGAGCCCAUGAGACAGAAGAUGCGAUGCCUGACUCUAAGAGUCAAAGCAGACUUCAUCAGGCAGGAUCAGGGUGCUGGGAAGGCGGAUAAUCACAGUCCACAUGGUUCUAUCACGAGUCUGGAGAAGGCCAACCAGUCCCAUCACACGACGGAGACAAAAGUGCCCCUCAAGGAUGAGGACGAUGAGAAGGCUACCAAACGAUCAAGGACCAGAAGUCGGACCUUCACCUUCUCACGAGGCAAAAAAGAGCAGAAGGACGGUGGCUCGCCUGCAAAAAAGCCACGCUCUCAAAGCCGCAGUCGUCCAACUUCAAUAAUCAUACCGAGCGGCAAUGCGUCACGGACCGAUCUCGCGCCAAGCACACCAACUGGAUCGUUCGGUCGUAAGACCGCAGCUCCAGCCAUCCCUGGCGAUUACAUUACCUACCUGCGCCAGAAUCAGGACCCGACCAAGGUCGAGGUUGGUCGAUUGCACAAGCUGAGGAUCCUGCUACGCAAUGAAACCGUGUCGUGGGUUGAUACCUUCAUCGCCCAAGACGGCAUGCAUGAGAUCAUUGAGCUCCUGAAAAGGACAAUGGCUAUCGAAUGGCGCGAAGACCACGAAGACCAACUGUUGCACGAGGCCCUGCUCUGUUUGAAAGGGCUAUGUACGACAGAACGUGCUAUGGUUGAGCUCAACAAGUUUGCAGAUGAUCUGUUCCCAGCACUCAUCGCAAUGCUCUUUGACGAGGAGAAGAAAGGUCCAGCUGAGUAUACCACUCGAACAAUCAUUUUCAAUGUGCUGCUCACCUACUUGUCGUCUGAAAUGGGUAGCUCUCCCGCAGCGCUGGAAACAAGAGCGCGUACAGUGCUCACCUACCUGGGAGAGCCCAAGAAGACCGGGGAAGAUGGACCAGUCGACUUCGUUCUAGGCAUGCACGUCCCCCGGCCAUACAAGCUGUGGUCUCGCGAAGUGUCGAAUGUGACGCGAGAGGUAUUCUGGAUCUUCCUACAUCAACUCAAUGUUGUGCCGCUGCCGCAGCCGAGCAGCUCAUACUCGCAGGCCGGUGUAGAGGAAGCAGAGCGGAAGCAGACUCUUGCCAGGACGUACACUCAGCGGCACUUCCCAGGCUCUCGGCCCCCAGUGCCAGCGGCACCAUAUAUUGGAGGAGUCGAAUGGGAUGCUACGACAUACCUCACCGCACAUCUCGAUCUGCUCAAUGGUAUCAUUGCGUCGCUUCCCAGCCAAAUGGCGCGUAACGCACUUCGCAAAGAGCUCCAGCAGUCCGGAUUUGAGAAGGUAAUGGGAACUGUCCUUCGCACAUGCAAGGAGAAGUUCUACUCUGGCGUACACGACGGCCUGAAGGCAUGGGUCGCUGCUGCACAUGAAGAUGACUGGCAGACACGUUUUGUACGUGAAGGGCCUAGUGAGGAGGAAGUAGUCGAGCAAGCCAUGAAGGCGCAAAAGUCUCCUAAGAAGAGCCCGACAAAGAGGACGGACCUGCCGCCUCGGCUCGAUGCAGUUUCCAGUGAGCCACCCAAACUCGACUUGGGGUUGGACUUGAAGAUGACGAAGACGAACGAGAGUAAGAAUGAUGACGAUGGAUGGCUUGGCUAGGGACUGCGGCCAGUUCACGAUGAUACAUGAUUCAAAUUGUCACCCCACAGAAUGGAACCAGACUGUAACGAAUUCGAAUGCGGCGCAUUGGAGGUGGGCCAGGGGACUGACUCGUUCUAUGAUAGUCCAGUUUUGGAUAUGUUUCGUUUUUUUUCCCGCUUUUCUCGUACUAUCACUGCAUUGGGCGUUGGUGGCAGGCAUAUGGGUUUUCGAAGGACAUAUUAUGAUUGUAGCAAGCCAGCGUUUCAACGGGUAUGAAGGAAGAAGAAGAAGAAGAGGUUUUUGUCUUUCAAGUUCUGAACCUACCGACCUACCUCGCUCCAAAACAAUUAGACAAGAAGACGGACAAGAAAAAUGGAGAGGCAAUAUAAUGGCAAAACAACAGAACAGAGCAGAACAGGACCAUCGUCGUGAAAACGGCAAGUAAUGAAGUUCAUGAUUAUCUUAGCUGAGCGUUCAAUUAUGAGACAGAGAGUGUGUUACGGA